GGCUCGCAGUCUAGACCCGAGCACAGACUCCAGACUGCAUGUGUGACCGGAGGCUGAAUACCGGAGGGGUUUGACUUAAGGGGCAAAAGGUAGUUCUCGUCCCUGCUGGUCGGGGUACGAGUAGGGAGCUGGUCUCACCUAACACGUGUGUCUGGGACACUCCAGUCUAUAUAUUCAUAUUCAUAGCAUCAGAGAUGGAAGGUAAGCAAGGAUACUCAUUGGGCAGCCGGCAGAUGAGAUCAACAGCUCCGCAGGCAGCAUACGUGAAAGAAUUCACCCGCCACUGCAGCGAUGUGCUGAUGAACCUCAAUGAACUACGACACCGAAACAUCCUGACUGACACGACGCUGGUCGUAGGCAACACACACCUGCAGGCGCACUCAGCGGUGCUCGUCGCCUGCAGUGGAUUCUUUUAUUCGCUUUACACCAGGCAUGUGAUGCUCCAGGGAUGCGGCAGCAGCAGGGAGCAGCUGAUGACUGUUUCUCUUCCCAACAACUUGGAUCCAUCGAGCGUCUCCCUGUUGCUGGAUUUCAUGUACACCUCUCGCCUCCCACUGACUCCUGGAGUGGCCCCCGGGGUUCUGGCGGUGGCGGUGUACUUGCAGAUGGACCAUGUGGCUGAAACGUGUCAAGACUUCAUGCUGCUGCACUGCAGGGAUAAAUUGAGCAACACAGAACCCCGGCACUCCAGCAGGCCAGAGACGUUGGUUGUUCAAAAAGAAGCUGACCACUCGGAAGCAAGUCCACUAGAACCCCCCUCAGCUGCAGGGACCACCAGCAUCCCUGAGGAGGAUGGGGGCUGUCUGAAGCAAGGGGCUUUCCUGACCUACCAGCCUAAAUCAACACAGCUGAAGAAAGAGCCCGGGUCGCCUCUGUUGGGGGUCCGGAUUGGAUCUCCAGACAGUCCUGCACGAUCCAGCUGCCAUCCCAGCUCCCCUGCAGCGUCUAAAACAUGCAACAAGAGUCUGGAGAGUGAAACUAAAGUGACACCAGACUCAAAGACCUGGAACUGGAAGAAGUACAAGUACAUAGUUCUCAACCCUCUAUGUGCGGCCACAGCAGUGAAGGUAGAGGAGACAGAGGAAGCUCAAGGUGGAACACCGGUUCAACUUCAAAGAACACAGGUGACACCAGAAGCCCCAACAGAGGAGUGGCCUGGAGAAGUGCCCGGCCAGAUUGAUAGACAGGGGCGGGCCUCCUGCUACGAGGGUUCUGGCCGAGCCCCUCCCCUCGGUCCACCCACCUUCGACAAGGAGGAAAAAGAAACCGCUCACACCCAGCCCAUGAAACGGGAGAGAUACUAUGUUCCAUACUGUUAUUCUGGAAACAUGCCAGGAGCCAAAACUGUUGUAACAGGCGACAAGCCGUACCACUGCAACGUCUGUGGUGCACAGUUCAACCGCCCGGCGAACCUGAAGACUCACUCUCGCAUCCACUCAGGGGAAAAGCCAUACCGCUGCGACACCUGCGGGGCCAGAUUUGUGCAGGUGGCUCACCUCAGGGCUCAUGUGCUGAUCCACACUGGGGAGAAACCGUAUCCCUGCCACACCUGUGGCACUCGUUUUCGCCACCUGCAGACGCUGAAAAGUCAUCUGCGCAUCCACACGGGCGAGAAGCCAUACACUUGCGAAAAGUGCGACCUGCACUUCCGCCACAAGAGCCAGCUGCGACUUCACCUUCGCCAAAAACACGGAGCCAUCACCAACACCAAGGUCCGCUACAAAGUCCUGGCCGAGCCCUACCAGUCUCUUCUGCAGGCCUGCUGAAGAUGACCUGUGAGAGACAAAAAUGAGGAUGUGACCAUAAGAGCUAUGGCAAGAGAAAGAAAGAGUUCAGGGUGAAUGUUUGUUGUCGGUUGUUAUAGAAUGUUCCUUGAGGGUUUGAGGAGAGAGAGGAAAGUUUGGGGCGCUGUGAAUGACAGAUAAGAUGGAUAUUUGAGCAUGUGGUCUAACAGAGAAAGAAAAGUGCUGCGAAGACGCUAGAUUGUUUUUGUUCACUAAACUGAUAGUUUCUAGUUUUUGUCUAUUUAUUUCUGGCAUAUUUAAAUUUGGUGAGCUAAGUUUUAGGCCUGGAGCCUGCAUGACAUUUGAUUCUGUGCAGUGACUUCUGUGUUGUAGUCCAAGCAGGCAGAGGACUUCAACGUCUCCCACUGAAAUAAAGAGACAUAAACAGAUAAAUAAUUAUAAAUGUAUUCUGUACUUGUUUGCUGGACAAAAAUGCUUUUGUACAAUUUAAAUUAAACAUUUUUAAUCAAGUGGAAGUCUGUGACAGA